GUUUUGUAUACUGAUAUAGAAUUAUAUAAACAAAAAAUAAAAUAAAAAGAUAAUUAAUAAUGAUAUAAUCAAUCUCAAUCAUUCACCUGCUUAAAAAGAAAGGGAGAGAGAGUCAAGAAUCUUCGUCCAUUAUGUUUGAUUUUUUUUUUUUUUAAAUAAUUAUUUGAGAUAGAAAUAUAUCUGUGGAAUAUGUCGGGGUAUCUUGAGUCUUCUUCUUCAUCGUGCUUGUUAUCAUUACCAGCCUUGAUGAUUUUCCCUCUCAAUCUACGGUUUCUCUGAAAGGCUACAGAAGGAAGCAUACAGUUUCUCUUUGUUACAUGCUCUGAUAGGGCAUUGUUGGUAAUAUUAUUGCAGUCAUCAAGUGGCUCUUUGUUGUAUUGCCAUUAUACACGUUUGUUGCUGUGAUAUAUGAGGAAAGGGAGAAUGUGGGAUUGCUAAUGGCUACUUGAAUCGUUUAAACCAAUUUGUAAGGUAUGGAGUGUGCUGACAUCUGGAAAAGAUCAUGGUGCAGUGCUUAGAAGGAUUGAAGCAUUUGUGUGUCGCAUUGGUUAAUUGUUGUGAUGCUGAUGGAUGUAAACAACCAAGGGGUCUGGAAGAUCCAGAAGUGCUAGCAAGGGAGACAGUUUUUAGUGUAAGUGAAAUAGAAGCCUUGUACGAGCUAUUCAAAAAAAUUAGUAGUGCAGUAAUUGAUGAUGGGCUGAUUAAUAAGGAGGAAUUUCAGCUUGCAUUGUUCAAGACUAACAAAAAAGAAAGUUUAUUUGCAGAUCGGGUAUUUGACUUGUUUGACACAAAGCAUAAUGGAAUACUAGAUUUUGAAGAGUUUGCUCGUGCUCUAUCCGUUUUUCACCCUAAUGCACCAAUUGAUGAUAAAAUUGAAUUUUCCUUCCAAUUGUAUGACCUCAAACAGCAGGGGUUCAUUGAGAGGCAAGAGGUAAAGCAAAUGGUAGUGGCUACACUUGCUGAAUCUGGUAUGAAUCUGUCAGAUGAUGUUAUAGAAAGUAUCAUUGACAAGACCUUUGAGGAGGCAGAUACCAAACACGAUGGGAAGAUUGACAAGGAAGAAUGGCGAAGCCUUGUGUUGAGACACCCAUCCCUUUUGAAGAAUAUGACUCUUCAAUACCUCAAAGAUAUCACCACGACAUUCCCAAGUUUUGUGUUCCAUUCACAAGUGGACGAUACCUGAAUAUGAGACACGUCAAGUUUGAGAGUAUAUAGUGGGGAAGGGAAUGCUUUGGUUUGUUGAGACAAUUGUCAUUUUGUGUGCAGAAGUUCAAAUUGAGAAAUGUUAAUUGUGACUCGUGUCUCUUUGAUUUGGAUUUGGGAUUACUAGAACACUUAUUUUGGUUAGAUGAGGUUCUUCAGCUUGACCACUGAGCUGCGCAUGUUUGUUUGUGCGUAGCAGCUGAUUGGGGAUCAAACGAACUUGGCCCUGUAUUUGCAUGCCUAUGUAUGCUUUUAGGGGGAAAUUGGUUUUUGACACAGCCUCAGGCUCCGCCCACAUGCCAGUUGUGUAUAACUUCUUAUACUUGUUUUUUCCCUUCUGAUAUUUGUAAAGUCCCACCCUCCCUCUCACUCUCUCCUCAUGUUUCGUUUUUCCUGUAAUAACUAAAUUUACAGCCAAUCAUAUGGUUUGUCGUUUGGGAAUAAUGAACUUAGUAUUUCUUUCUUUUGACCGGGAGCUCAAGAAAACAGCACUCGGUCUUUGGGACCCAAAUUUAAUCAACUGUAAUUCCUUAA